GCGCCAGCUGCCGGAGCCGCUCGGUUACCGCUGACGUCACCGUCACUUCUCUGCGCUUCAGUCCAAAGCCGGAGCACCAAGAGGAGAAGUCGGGCAGAGCCGGAGACCUCUCAGCGGGAACUUCAGCCUUUUUACCCCGUAGAACCGCACAUCCGCACGCUGUCUGCUGGGGGACGCACUCGCACUGGGAAGCUGCUUUGUAGCUGUCGUGCGCAAUGGAUGAUGGGAAGCCUGUGUGGGCACCCCACCCAACGGAUGGGUUCCAGCUGGGCAUGAUAGUGGACAUAGGUGCUGACACACUCACUAUUGAGCCACUCAAUCACAGGGGCAAGACUUUUCUGGCUCCCAUCAACCAAGUCUUCCCAGCUGAGGAUGAUGUAAACAAGCAUGUGGAGGACAACUGUUCUCUUAUGUAUUUAAACGAAGCCACGCUUCUGAACAACGUCCGUGUCCGCUACAGUAAAGACCUGAUCUAUACGUUUGUAGCUAAUAUCCUGAUUGCUGUGAACCCCUAUUAUGACAUCCCCAAACUCUAUGCCCCAGAGACCAUUAAGAGCUACCAGGGCCGAUCUUUAGGAACCCUCCCUCCACAUGUUUAUGCUAUUGCUGAUAAGGCAUAUCGGGACAUGAAGGUGCUGAAGAUGAGCCAGUCCAUCAUUGUGUCUGGUGAAUCUGGUGCUGGAAAAACAGAAAACACCAAGUUCGUCCUCAGAUAUUUAACCACGUCAUAUGGGACAGGUCAGGAUAUUGAUGAGAGAAUUGUUGAGGCCAACCCUCUACUUGAAGCGUUUGGGAACGCAAAGACAGUCAGGAACAACAACAGUAGCCGUUUCGGAAAAUUUGUGGAAAUUCAUUUCAAUGAAAAGAAUGCAGUGGUGGGAGGAUUUGUCUCUCACUAUCUAUUAGAGAAGUCUCGCAUCUGUAUGCAAGGUACAGAUGAACGCAAUUAUCACAUCUUUUAUCGGCUCUGUGCCGGCGCCUCUGAAGACAUCAGGAACAUGCUGCACCUGAACUCCCCUGAUAGCUUCCGGUAUUUGAAUCGUGGCUGCACCAGAUACUUUUCCAGCAAGGAAUCAGAUAAGCAGAUCAUGCAGAACCGGAAAAGUCCUGAGCAUGUGAAAGCAGGAGCUUUGAAAGAUCCUCUGCUGGAUGACCUUGGGGACUUUAACAGAAUGUGUGUGGCCAUGAAGAAAAUUGGUCUGGACGACACGGAAAAGCUCAAUCUCUUCAGAGUGGUGGCUGGAGUCCUACACCUUGGCAACAUAGACUUUGAAGAAACUGGAAGCACCUCUGGAGGCUGUGUUUUGAAGAACCAGUCGAGUCAGACUCUGCAGCACUGUGCAGAGCUCCUGGGCCUGGACCAAGAGGACCUGAGAGUCAGCCUCACCACCAGGGUCAUGCUCACAACUGCAGGGGGUGCCAAAGGCACAGUCAUCAAGGUGCCUCUGAAGGUGGAGCAGGCCAACAGUGCACGUGAUGCCCUGGCCAAGGCCGUCUACAGCCGCCUCUUCGAUCAUGUGGUCACUCGAGUCAACCAGUGUUUCCCCUUCGAGACCUCUUCCAACUUCAUCGGAGUGCUUGACAUUGCUGGUUUUGAAUAUUUUGAGCACAACAGCUAUGAGCAGUUCUGCAUCAACUACUGUAAUGAGAAGCUGCAGCAGUUUUUCAAUGAACGCAUACUAAAAGAGGAGCAAGAGCUGUAUCAGAAAGAAGGUCUGGGAGUGAAUGAAGUUCAUUAUGUUGACAACCAGGAUUGCAUAGACCUAAUUGAAGCAAAGCUGCUGGGGAUUCUGGACAUCCUCGAUGAGGAGAACCGCCUGCCGCAGCCCAGCGACCAACAUUUUGCAGAAGCCAUUCACAGCAAGCACAAAGAUCACUUCCGCCUGACGAUUCCCAGGAAGUCCAAGCUAGCAAUCCACAGGAAUAUAAGAGAUGAUGAGGGAUUCAUCAUCAGACACUUUGCAGGAGCUGUGUGCUAUGAAACUACCCAGUUUGUGGAGAAGAAUAAUGAUGCCCUCCACAUGUCCUUGGAGAGCCUAGUGUGUGAGUCGAAGGACAAAUUUGUCCGGGAUCUCUUUGAGAACAACUCCAACUCUAAGGACUCCAAGCAGAAGGCUGGCAAACUCAGUUUCAUCAGCGUGGGAAACAAGUUCAAGACUCAGUUGAAUCUUCUACUGGAAAAGCUUCGCAGCACAGGGUCCAGCUUCAUCCGCUGUGUGAAGCCCAAUCUGAAGAUGGUGAGUCACCAGUUUGAGGGAGCACAGAUUCUGUCCCAGCUGCAGUGUUCUGGAAUGGUUUCAGUGCUGGAUCUGAUGCAGGGUGGCUUUCCUUCUCGAGCCCCUUUUCAUGAGCUCUAUAACAUGUACAAGCAGUACAUGCCUGAUAAGCUCACCAGGUUGGACCCUCGUCUAUUCUGUAAAGCUCUCUUUAAAGCACUGGGACUCAAUGACAUGGAUUACAAGUUUGGACUGACCAGGGUGUUCUUCCGGCCUGGAAAGUUUGCAGAGUUUGACCAGAUCAUGAGGUCUGACCCAGAGCACCUGGCACAGCUAGUCAAGCAGGUCAACAAGUGGCUAGUCUGUAGUCGCUGGAAGAAGGUCCAGUGGUGUGGGCUCUCCGUCAUCAAACUGAAAAACAAAAUGAAAUACAGGGCCAGCGCCUGCAUUAAGAUUCAGAAGACGAUUCGCAUGUGGUUAUGCAAGAGAAGACACAAGCCCCGCAUUGACGGCCUGGUGAAGGUGCGGAACCUGAAGAAGAGAAUGGAGAAGUUUAAUGAGGCUGUACAUGGCCUAAAAGAGGGCAAACAGGAGAUGAGCAAGGAAAUCCAGGACCUUGCUGCCUCCAUCGAUGCCCUUAUGGCCAAGAUUAAGGCCACUGUGAUGAGUCGUAAGGAGAUCGAGCAGGAGUACGAGGGCUUGGUGAAGAAAUCGGAGCUGCUGCUCUCCUCCAUGCAGAAGAAGAAGCAAGAGGAGGAGGAGAUGGAGCGGCUGAAGCGCAUCCAAGAAGAGAUGGAGAAGGAGAGGAAGAGGCAUGAGGAAGAAGAGCAGCUACGCAAACAAGAGGAAGAAGACCGUCGCAUGAAAGCAGAGAUGGAGCAGAAGAGGAAGCAAGAAGAAGAACAGAGGAAGAAGAGGGAAGAGGAAGAGCAAAUCCUGCAGGCGGAGCUUGAUAUUCAGCUGGCUCUGGAGCGGGAGGAGGAGGCUCAGAGGCAGGCUAUGUUGGAGCAGGAGAGAAGAGAUAGAGAACUGGCUCUGAGGAUCGCUCAGAGUGAGGCCGAACUCAUUCAGGACGAGGCCCAGAUGGACCCCAGCCUGCGCAGCUAUGGUACUGCAGGUGUGACACAUUCCACAGAGUCAGAGAAGGGUCCGCAGGUGCAAGCCAGUAAGGCGGCCGCUGGGAUGAAGAAGUACGAUCUGAGCAAGUGGAAAUAUGCUGAGCUGCGAGAUGCCAUCAACACCUCCUGUGAUAUCGAGCUACUGGCAGCAUGCAGAGAGGAGUUUCAUCGUCGUCUGAAGGUCUACCAUGCCUGGAAGUCAAAGAACAAGAAACGCAACACUGAGGCUGAGCAGAGAGCUCCCAAAUCAGUCACUGACUAUGCCCAGCAGAACCCAGCUCCCCCUGUGCCUGCCCGGCAGCAAGAGAUUACUAUGAAUCGGCAGCAGCGCUACUUCCGCAUCCCUUUCAUCCGGCCUGCAGACCAAUAUAAAGACCCCCAGAACAAGAAGAAGGGCUGGUGGUAUGCCCAUUUUGAUGGGCCCUGGAUUGCCAGGCAGAUGGAACUGCACCCCGACAAGCAGCCUAUCCUACUGGUAGCAGGUAAGGAUGAUAUGGAGAUGUGUGAGCUGAGUCUGGAAGAGACGGGGUUGACGAGGAAGCGAGGAGCAGAGAUUUUGCCACGGCAGUUUGAGGAGAUUUGGGAGCGCUGUGGUGGAAUUCAGUACCUGAGGAAUGCCAUCGAGAGCAAACAGGCCCGGCCUACUUACGCCACUGCCAUGCUCCAGAAUCUUCUCAAGUGAAGAGCACCCUCAACUCUAUGGCACCCGUCUUUACUGUCUAUAGACAGGUAGAUAAUGCAGUAGUGCCCCAUAGGUUAAACAUGAAUGAGGGACCUCUCUGGCACAGUGGAUAUCUAGGACAUGCUCAUAUUUCAAUAAGGGAUUAUGAUCUACUGUAGAUUUUUUCAUUUUCUUUUUUUUGUUUUGUUUUUGAGUGAUUUCUGUCACUUAUUUGUUUUGGUUGUUAUUCAUUUUGCUGUGGUAAUUUGCAUUUUUUCAAUUUGCAUUUUCACAAAAAUAAGAGCUUUGUCCAAGCUCUCAGAUGUAAUGCCUUAAUACUUUUUCUGUCAUUUCAAGGGUCAUUCAGUAGGUCACUCACUUUGAGGCUGUUGAUUUACUUCAGAUAUUUGUCAUUACUCUUUCUUUCCCAUUGUUCUAAAAGACUUGAGGGCAAUUCAGUUUUGCUCAGUGCUCUGCCUUUGGAGUAAGGGAAAAAUAUUGUGCUGAUAUAUUGUUGUGAAAAUGCCCUAAAAGAAGUCAUGCUGAUGAUUAAUUAUCUGAAGAUAAGCAGUUUACUUCUCUUCAACUUCACUUUUGCGGACCCAUUAUUGUUCUUGGAUUGGUGUGAUGAUUUUGUCAUGCCGUCUCUUGGGAUUUGAGAAAACUACAGGUUAUUUAUCUAUAUAGUUAUCCUUGUCUUACAGUGCAUUUAUUAUAUCAGCAUUUUUCCCCCACUCCAAAAAGCAUACUGUAAGGCAUAUUUGUAGGUGAUGUGGAUGCCUGUGCAGUCAGUCUGUAAAAUCUGUUAUAGGUAGACUUUAGGUAUCUUGCCUCAUUUGUGUAUUUGUUGAUGCACAAAUCAAUGAACACUUUAGUUUGUGCCAGUAGUUUUUCCUAACAAAUUUGUUACACAGCAAUAGAAAGACAUCUUUUUUACAUUUAAAAUCACAAAGGUCCUUAAUGUAAUGUCACUUGAAGUACCCACUUAAAAAGCAAGACUUAUGAAGCAGAGAGGCCCGCAUUGCCAUCCCAAUUUUUAAAUACCCAAUCUUGAUGUCUUAUUGCACACACAGAGAAUCUAACUUACUUUAAAUAUUCCGGUGUUUUUUGGGUUUUAAUUAAAUGCAUUCCGUCCAAAAAAAAAAAACAUGUAUUGUGCAUUCAUAUUUGACAGAUGCUGGUUGGUGACAAUGCAAU